UCCCCUAUAAUCUUAAUUACUGUUCAACAACACAUAGAGACAGAAUACGUACGUAUAGAGUGUCCAUGGCGUCCACAGAUACAGCAGCUCAUUCGGAAGCCGGAAAGCUGGUGGAUAAGGCGGCGACACCAUCGGACAACCGAGGUCCGGCGGAGAGAGCACCUAGUAGUAGGUCGUUCGCGGCGGCGGAUGUGGUGCUGAGAUUCUUGCUGUUUGCUUCAGGUGUGGUGGCGGUGGUGGUGAUGGUCACAAGCAAGCAAACGGAACUUAUUCCCAUACCAAUUCCUCCUUUCCUCACUCCUCGACCUGCCAAAUUCACUCACUCACCAGCUUUCAUAUACUUUGUAGCAGCACUGUCAGUUGCAGGUUUAUAUGGAGCUAUAACCACACUCAUAUCCUUGUUUGCCCUCCGCAAGCCUGCUUCCUAUCCAAGAUUCCUCUCUCAUUUUGUUAUUUUUGAUGUGCUAUUGUUAGGAAUUGUGGCUGCUGCGACAGGAACAGCAGGUGGAGUUGCUUACAUAGGUUUGAAGGGCAAUACUCACGUUCAAUGGAGAAAGAUCUGCGACAUAUACGGUGAAUUCUGCAGGCAUAUUGGAGCUUCAAUUGCUGUCUCCUUGUUUGGAUCCGUCGUGCUGGCGUUGCUGGUUUUGCUCUCCAUUUACUCCCUAUCUAAGAGAAUCCCAAAGCACAGCUACUAAUACUGACUGGGCUGUGAAUGUAAUUCAUAUCCCAGAAACUCUUCAUCAGCUAAAUCAGUUUGUUUCUUGUGGACCGUGGAGCUUUGCGUCGUGUGUGCAUAUGUAGAUGUGUGAUUUUUCUUGUGCAGUUUGCUGAACUAGAAGUCAGAACCCAUACGUCGUGUAUUCAUUUCUGUAUAUGUGAUUCCAUAAUGUGUUCGACUGAACUCAAGAAUUAUUUCGUUUUAGUUUCGAUCUCAAUAAAACGACUACUUAAUUCAA